GGGACCAGGAUCCGGUGCCCGGGCGCAGAUACUGACACCAAGGGAAUCCGGGUGCCCCUCCCCACGCCAUGUGCGCCCCCGGGAACCCAGCUCCGCCACCCAGGCUGCCCCAUGGCCCUGGCCUCAGUCCUGGCCCGGCGGAGAUGCUGCGGACAUUCAGGGAUUGGCUUCGCCACUGAGCCCCCAGGCCUCCGCCAGCCACCACCCCCACGCCCCUAGACAGCCUUGGCGGGCCCCAGUCCCGGCUCCAUUGGUGCUCUCGCCCCUGCCGCAGCUAUGCUGCACACCGAGGGCCACGCUCUUCUUCGGGCGGUGGGUCAGGGUAAGCUACGCUUGGCCCGUUUGCUUCUGGAGGGAGGCGCCUACGUGAAUGAGGGUGAUGCCCAGGGGGAGACUGCGCUAAUGGCGGCCUGUCGGGCCCGUUACGACGACCCCCAAAACAAGGCGCGCAUGGUACGCUACCUCCUGGAGCAAGGCGCGGACCCCAACAUCGCAGACCGCCUGGGGCGCACAGCGCUGAUGCACGCCUGCGCCGGGGGUGGGGGCGCCGCCGUGGCCUCGCUGCUCCUCGCCCACGGUGCGGACCCCUCGGUGCGCGAUCACGCGGGCGCCUCCGCGCUCGUCCACGCCCUGGACCGCGGAGACCGCGAGACCCUCGCCACGCUGCUGGACGCCUGUAAGGCCAAGGGCACGGAGGUCAUCAUCAUCACCACCGACACCUCACCCUCCGGGACCAAGAAGACACGGCAGUAUCUCAAUUCCCCACCGUCCCCGGGGGUGGAGGACCCCGCUCCCGCUCCUCCUAGCCCCGGGGUCUGCACGUCGCCUUCCGAAAUACAACUGCAGACUGCAAGAGGAGGAGGAGGAGGAGGAGGAGGAGGAGGAGGAGGAGCAGGGGGAGGAGGAGGAGGAGGACGAGGGUUGCUGUCCCCUCGCGCUCAGGAAGAAGAGGAGAAGCGGGACGUGUUCGAAUUCCCUCUUCCUAAGCCCCCUGAUGACUCCUCCCCUUCUGAGCCGCUACCCAAACCGCCCCGUCACCCUCCAAAACCGCUCAAAAGGCUCAACUCGGAGCCCUGGGGCCUAGUGGCCCCUCCUCAACCGGUCCCGCCCGCUGAAGGGAGGCCGGGGAUCGAGCGCCUGACCGCGGAAUUCAACGGCCUGACUCUGACCGGUCGACCCCGUCUGUCCAGACGUCACAGCACUGAGGGCCCGGAGGACCCGCCCCCAUGGGCGGAGAAAGUGACGGGUGGGGGUCCUCUGUCCCGCCGAAACACUGCGCCAGAAGCUCAGGAGUCUGGUCCCCCUUCAGGGCUGAGGCAGAAACUGAGCCGCAUGGAGCCGGUGGAGCUCGACACCCCCGGGAAUAUGUGCCCCGACUCGCCGGAGUGCAGUCGCGUGGCCCUGGAGCGCCGCCGCUACAGCGCCUCCCCGCUGACCCUCCCUCCAGCGGGCUCGGCUCCCUCCCCGCGUCAGUCCCAGGAGAGUCUGCCCGGGGCUGUGUCUCCGCUCAGCGGACGGAGGCGGAGUCCCGGGCUGCUGGAGCGGAGGGGCUCGGGGACGUUGCUCCUGGACCACAUUGCGCAAACGCGGCCUGGUUUCCUGCCCCCGCUCAACGUCAGCCCCCACCCUCCCAUCCCCGACAUUCGCCCCCAACCCGGAGGUCGGGCGCCUUCUCUACCCGCCCCUCCCCAUGCAGGGGCGCCAGGCUCUCCUAGGACCAAGCGCAAGUUGGUGAGGCGCCACUCCAUGCAGACUGAGCAGAUCCGCCUGCUAGGGGGCUUCCAGAGUCUAGGCGGGCCGGGGGAGCCAGGGCGCUGAGAGGAGUGAGAGGAGCCGAGGAGGGUGGGGAUCUGGGCCUUGAUGGGACAGGUGGCAGAAGGCAGAACCAGCUCACACACACACACACACACACACACACACACACACACCACGGACAUAGGGGUCUCUUGCAUGUGCUCCUGGGCAUGGUGCACGCACACAUGGGUAAAAAAAAGUGUCCACAAGCACAGUACUCUUAUUCGCAGGGAAGGGUAAGUACUCUCUUUACUGGGCGUAUAGACACGUGCAUUCAUGUCCUGGUCACUUCACAUGCAUAUGGGAUACUUGUGUACCCAUUCAUAGGGAUGGCACACACAGGGCCACUUGUGCUAGGGCCCCUACUGGGUCCCAAAGUCACUUGCACUUGUUCAGAAGCAGUAGGGAACCCCUACCUAUGGAUAGUCUCCAAUCUCUUUGCCCUCUUGCAGAAGCAAUCCCCUACUUUCCAUGUAUGCCCUGCAACACAGCCCGUUCAUGACUUUGCACACUCUACCCUCUUCCUGGAUAUCCCAUCCUGUUGUGUAGGUCUUGCUUCUCUCUCCAGGCCUGGCUCCUUGUUCACACCCUGCUUCCAGCCCUAACCACUUUUCAGAAUAUCUUCUUCACUCUCUUUGGGAUUUUCCUGCAGCAACUCCCAGCCUCAGUUCUGCUGCUGUCUUUUCUGCUCUCAGCUUUACUUCUCAACUUCCUGCUUUUUAAUCCCACCUCAUUCCCCCAAACAAUACAGCAGGUUGUCUCAUUUUCCCAGGGAUGGGUCAUGGGCUCUAUGCUGCUCUUCUAUCUGUCUGAGCUUAUGAACACCCCCACAGGUAGAAGUGGGGAGUAAUCUUAAAUCACUCCUCUCUCCACUUGACAUA